AUUCAUUCCUUGUAAUUUAAUUCACCAGUAGUGUUUCAAUCGUCGUACGAGACACACGUUUUACAAAAUGGCUGCUAAUGUACCGAUUAUUUUGAACAACGGUCGUACGUGCCCUGUACUUGGACUGGGAACUUGGAAAUCCCAGCCAGGUCAAGUUACAGAAGCUGUGAAAGAUGCCAUCGAUGCUGGAUACCGGCACAUCGACUGCGCUCACAUCUACCUCAACGAGAAGGAAGUCGGUGAGGCACUCAAGACCAAGUUCGAUGAAGGGGUCAUUAAAAGGGAAGACAUUUUCAUAACUUCCAAGUUAUGGUGCACGUUCCACCGGCCUGAUCUCGUGGAAGGAGCUAUCAAGACCACUCUUCAGAACCUGGGAUUGGACUACCUGGACUUGUACCUGAUCCACUGGCCACAAGCUUUUAAGGAAGGCGAGGAGUUGUUCCCGAAAGACGCAGACGACAAGAUCAUCGCGUCUCCCGUAGACUACGUCGACACGUACAAGGCCAUGGAGAAGCUGGUGGAACAAGGCCUGACGAAGAGCAUCGGACUGUCUAACUUCAACAAGAGACAGAUUGAGAGGGUGCUUGAAGUCGCUACUAUUAAACCGGCUAUGUUGCAGAUCGAAGUACAUCCCUACUUGAACCAACAACCCCUAAUAGACUUCUGCAAACUCCACGACAUUGCCAUCACGGCGUACUCCCCGCUGGGGUCUCCGGACAGACCCUGGGCGAAACCUGGUGAUCCUCAGCUGUUAGACGAUCCCAGGAUCAAGACCAUCGCUGAUAAGUACGGGAAGACGGUCGCGCAGGUUCUGAUCAGAUACGCCAUCGACCGCGGCAUCGUAGUAAUCCCAAAGUCGGUGACAAAGUCGCGAAUCAUUCAAAACUUCAACGUCUUCGACUUCCAACUGACACUCGACGAUAUCAAGGAAAUAGCCAGCUUGGAGUGCAAAGGACGAGUCUGCAUGAUGGGAGAUACAUACCACCCGGACUACCCGUUCCAUGACGAAUAUUGAAGACAAUAACAUUCCUAAUUAAAUAUUUAAGUAGAAAAAUGCAGUUUUGUACUGUUUAAGCUUUGUGUGAUAAAAUAUAUGCAUUACAAAUAUCUAUAUGCACAAUCAGCAAAAUAAAUGUUUGAAAAAUAGUUACCAACGCAUAUUGAAAGCACGUUGUGUGAUAAAAAAAAAAAAAAAUGGUAUCUACACAAGAUUUGAAUAGUGUCGCACUGUGUGCUGUAUGGUUACAUUAAAAUGUUUAUUUAAGUUAAAAA